AUGGCUUUUGGUGACCUUCUUGAGCAGGUGGGGGCCACAGGGCGCUUCCAGGUCUUGCAUGUCACCUUCCUCUGCCUGCCUAUGUUUAUGAUGGCCAGUCAGAACCUGCUGCAGAACUUUGUGGCUGCCGUGCCCCCUCAUUAUUGCAGCGAGCACAGAAACCUCUCUCAAUCCCAGCUGAGCCCAGAGGAAGCGCUGCUGAUUACGGUACCGCUGGACAAGAGCGGAAAGCCAGAGAGGUGCCAGCGUUACAUUGCGCCACAGUGGCACCUCCUGGCUAAAAACAGGACCUCCAAUCCAGAGGAGGAGGAAAACACAGACAGCGGUUUUGAUGUUGACCUUCAAGGAUGCACAGAUGGAUGGUCAUACAAUAUGACUGAGAUGACCUCAACUAUCAUAUCUGAUUGGCAUUUAGUGUGUGAUCUGCGCCCUUUGAAGCAGAUGGCACAAACCAUCUAUAUGGGAGGCGUGCUCGUAGGAUCUAUUGUCUUUGGAAGUCUUGCCGACAGAUACGGUCGACGCAUCCUUGUGCUUAUCUCUAACCUGGUCAUGGCAAUAGGAGGGACGUGUGCUGCUUUCUCUACCUCCUUCUCCCUCUUUUGCCUCUUCCGUUUUGUUUGUGGCAUGGCCCUGUCUGGAAGUGGACUCAACAGUCUUUCACUCAUUCUGGAGUGGAUUCCCACUCGUGUGCGGACUGUGGUGGGUACAGGCACAGGUUACUGUUACACAAUAGGACAGCUGAUCCUGGCAGCUAUAGCCUACUUCACCCGGGACUGGCGGCGGUUAACUUUGGCUGUCUCCUUACCCUUCUAUGUCUCCUUCCUCUACUCAUGGUGGUUUCUCGAAUCUGCCAGAUGGUUAGUCCUGAAAAAUAAGUCUGAGCAAGCUCUCAAGAACCUCAAAAGUGUGGCCCGCAUUAAUGGACGCUCUGAAGAGGGAAACAAAAUUGACCUUGAAAUGCUGCAGGAAUCCAUGAAGAAAGAACUGUCGUGUUCUCAGGGCUCCUACUCCAUGUUGGACCUGUUCCGAACUCCCACCAUGAGGACGAUGACUAUAUGCCUCAGUGCCGUCUGGCUAUCAACAAGUUUUGCCUACUAUGGUCUUGCCAUGGAUCUACAAAAAUUUGGAGUGGACAUCUACUUAAUCCAAGUGAUCUUUGGAGCUGUUGAUAUCCCUGCAAAAGUAGUCAUAACUUUGUCUAUGUGUUUUGCUGGGCGAAGGCCAUCACAAUGUGCUGCGCUGAUCAUGGCUGGAGUCGCUAUUUUGCUGAACCUGGUGGUGCCCUAUGAGAAACAGACAGCACGCACCUGUCUAGCUGUAGUGGGUAAGGGUUGUCUUGCUGCCUCCUUCAGCUGCUGCUACCUUUACGCUGGAGAGCUUUUCCCAACCGUCAUUCGACAGAGUGGCAUGGGUUGGGUGUCCAUGAUGGCUCGCAUAGGGGCCAUGGUGGCACCCAUGGUGCUGCUCCUUGACGACUAUAUACCAUGGCUUCCAGGCUUAAUCUAUGGAGGAGCUCCAAUCCUAAGUGGGGUGGCUGCAAUAUUUCUGCCAGAAACACUCGGUGUACCCUUACCUGACACAAUACAAGAUGUAGAAGACAGGGGAUCUGGGAGGAGCUCCAAAACGUCACCAAAAAAGGAAACAGUAUUCUUGCAAGAUAUCCAGGAUAAUUUGCUAAAGUAGGCUGCCUGAGGACGUUCACUAUGCUCCCAACAUUUCUGCUAAUAUUGUUCUUCAAAUGGAGUGGGUGUCACUUUUUCUCUGGUUUGUUUGGUUUGUAUCAAGUUCACUGUGUCAUGUUACUGCUGGAAAAAUGGAUUUGUAAUGUUAUUUUGGUCAAAUGCAGUGAAAUGUGAAGUGGCAAACAAUUUUCAGACCUUUGUUUAUUUGUUACACAAUAGCCUUGAUAACUGCACCCCAGAGAAUGUUUCUUGUGAAGUUACAUGAUUCACCUUUUCCCUCUUCAUAUGUACCCUGAAGAUUGAAGGGAAACCAUGCAAGUACAGUACGAACUCAAACAAUGUAGCUGCAUUUUGUUGCUGGGAUAGUUUUUCAACACUCAGCCAAAGUGCUUCACUAAACUCUUCUGAUGUCUGUAUGAACAACUGGAAAAUGUUUUCAAUUGAAGCCUCUUCCCAAGUUAAAACACUAGCAGUAGCAAAUGAAAUAAAUCAUUUAAACACACAAUUGCACUGUGUAUUAUGAGUAUACAUGAUUUAAUAUUUGAAUGAAACCCAUGAUAAUGUAAUGUUUCAUACAGGAAUUUUCUUAAUGGACUAGAAAGUUUGAUAUGCGUUCCUGACAAGGACAUAUCAGCUAUUGAGAGAAAUUUGUAUUGGCUUUUUGCUUUAUUUUUUAAAAUAUCAACUGCUAAACUGAAAUAUUGUUUUUUUAUAAGCCCUCUCUCCAUUUAAGAUUGAGCUAGUGUGGUGAGUUAAGGAUCAGUGGCACCUGCUGGCUAUUUGGUUGGAUGGGGCUACAGUCAAUUAUUUGAUCUAUCUCUCACAGAGUAA